UUGAAUUAAAUGCGGGUUUGGCAUCCCUGUGUCAAGGUUAUGGGGGUCCUGGGAGCUGUAGUUUGGCCUUAGAGGGCUGGGGGAAUCCCCAAACUUUCAGCUCUCAGAAUCCCAUAGCACCCAAUCAUUCCACAUCAUGGAUCCAGAGAGGAGAGCCAACCGGAAGCUCUUCUUCCCUCCCUCUCCAAGGCGCUCUAGGGGUUUUCACGCUAGAGAGAGGGAGGCGCCGGAAAUGACGUCAUUUGGGGCGUUGGCGCGGAAAUCAAAACGAACCGGACGGCCGCUUGGAAGGAGGCAGGAAGUGAAGCCAGCUCUUCAAGCCUCCUUCGCUCUGGGAAGUUGCCCUUCUUUCCUGGGCCAUGGCGUCUGUUGAUGAAGAUGAAUGUGUUAUUUUGAGUAGCAGUGAUGAAGCUGAGGAUCUGUUGGAUGAUUCCAUUUUGAUGAUUGAACAUUCAGAAGAUUUCCCCUCGAAAGAGGAAGACACAGUUGAAGUUGUAGAUGAAGAGGUGAUUGUCACUUUCUGCAAGAAAGCAAAGCUGAUGCCUCACGCGAGACACGACUGCACGAUCAAUCCCUUCGAGCGUGCGGAGCAUGAGACUUCCCAUCCCCUCGGGAGAAACGCAGAGACCUGUAGUGAAUGCUACUGCUACAUUUGCAACAAGCAAGCCAAGGAGUGCAAAUAUUGGGUGACCCCUUCGCUGUGCCACUGCAAUGCUCACAAUAAAAGCAAAUACUGGAAGGGUCAGUGGAAUUUUGUCCUCACCGGAGGCUUGGCCGCAUUCAACUUGGACCUCUCUGAAAUUGAUGCCGAUGUUCAACGUGGAGGAGCCCUCCUGCAGAAAUUCAUCCGUGACGUUUCAGUGGAAUAUCAUAAAUACCUGUCUGACAAGACGACCCCUCCAGAUUGCAGACGAAAAUUUUGCCCCAGACAUUGUGAACCCUGCAACUUCCUCACGCAAACCAACAAUUACAGAUACUCCCCGGUUUCUGAUAUCGUGGCGCACUUUCUGUAUCAGGCAGAGCAAGAGAAACCCAAAGCAGAGGCUGUCAUGCUUUUGGGAGCCGCCAAGGAGAUCUUGCGCCAUAAAAUCGCUGCUCUGGAUUCCCAAAAUGUGGACGCUUCAGUAACAUUCACCAAGCUGGUAACCGAUCUGAUGGAGAGGAUCACAAGACGACUUCAGAGGCUCCUGGUCCUGAAUGACUUCUCGAAACCUCUGUACCAGAAGUUUAUCGAUUUCUAUCACUCCAUUCCCUUCCCAAGACACUUCUGUUCCUUCAGCACCAGUCUGGAUUUUCUCACUUGGGACGACACCUUGUUGACUUCAGUUUUGAAAGGACAAAACGUCACUGACCACCAAUUGGAGCAUGAGAAGAAGAUAACCCUUUCCGAGGUAGUUCCUGUGGUGAAYGCACGGAUAGAGAGAAUGGAGAGCCAACUUCGAUACAAAGAGCUGGUCCGUUAUUUGAAAGUGGUGGAUUGCUACGAUUUCCAGUGGCUGCAACAGCAGAGAGACCAGAUCCCUUUCUACUUGUGCAAAAGUGGAGACAUUGCUGGCGGGGCCCUGGCCCUCUUCUCCUCCUUCUCCAAAUCCUGCUGCAUGGCUUGCCGCCUCACCCCAAGCCAAUUCGAAGUCCUCCUGAAGGCCUUCCGCACUGGAUAUAUUCCUUUGGGGGAAAAGAUGGAGGCACUCCAGUGGGCCAAUUUGGGAAAGUAUCCCUCUGCCGUAGCCUGGCGUCUGCCCAUCCUUGUAUUCAGACAACCCUUUGGUUUGACUCCCUUUUUUCCUCUUUCUACAGGAGGCCCUCUGAAGCCUCAAUUUCUGAUCAAGCAGAUCAUCAAGAUGCUCUACUGCAACCUGUCCCUGUAUCGGAACCCCCGAUGCUGGAGCGCUGUGAUCAAGGCCUUUAGCAGCUACUCCCUUUUGGGAAAAGACGGGUGCUUUGUCCCCCUCGUUGUGAAGGAGCCGCCUCCGGAUUUCCAGCAGAUGGUCUUCAGGGAAUCUUGCCACAUCAUGGAUAAACUCGCCACCCAAACCAACUAUAACAUCUGCCUCUCCAAAGCCUUCAGCCUGGAGACCCACAUGGAGGCAGGGCUCAUCUUCAUGGUCCAGGCGGUGCGGCAGAUGGUUUUGCGCGAACAUCAUUCCCUGACCUCCUUCCUGGACAUCGUCUUGGCUUUUGGGGAAAACCUCUGGGCCCUGCAGCUGCUUCUGGACUCCUUGGCUUUCCACAAAAAGCCCGUCUGCACCAUCGUCGGCCUGACCAUCACCGACCUCCAAAGCCGGAAAGCGGAAAUGCUGGCCUUGUGCCAUCAGUUGGGCCCUUGGUACGUCUGCAAACUGCUCUACCUCUUCCUCGCAUCCAAGAAUAGGAACCUCCCCUCCAUCGGCAUCAUUAUCAUUAAUAUCAUCAAGGAGAACCUGCAGAAGUGUUUUUGGGCAAAAGAAGUUGGCCACUUUCUUCAUAGCACAAGAAGACAUUUAAGCUGGGUGUCUCCGGAUGUUUCCGACUUCAUCGCGGCUUCAAUGACUCUUCCAUAAACCCGCCACUUCUCCUCACUCUUGGCUACCUCAGUGAAGCUUUACUUUGGACAACAGGCCCCUCCAAAUCCCAUAAAGCCAAGAUUGCAGGGCAUUUUGUGGCUCUGGGUGACUCUUCUAGAAACUGUGGGCCUCAUUGUUGGGAAUGGGUUUCCAACAGGAGUUUAAAAGGUUUAUAGUAAGUAGAAUUUUCUCCCAUGAGAGCAUAGUUGUUGCCAUUGUUGCCAUUAUUAAAGGCCUCGUUUCAUGCAACCCAUGUUCAGUGCCAGCGUUCAAGGAAUUUGAAGCAGGUCUCUCUUCUGGAUAAGGUUUGGUAUCUGGAUGCACCGUUAUCCCAUUAUAAUUUGUUAUUACUUAUUGCACCAGUGGAGUUUUAUGGCACAUGCCUUCCUGUGCCGUAAGGUUUCCUCUCCUCCGUCAGUGUGGCCACAUCAUUCUUCUGGUUCGCCCAAAUAUAAAUAUGUGAAAAUAAGACCGAAUCUGUCAUAGUUUGGAAGUUGUGUCUCGUGGUUGUACCUGAAAGGGCUGAGAUUGUACAUCCAUGCAUAGCCCCAUAAGAGUUUGACUCACAUAUUUACUUAUUUAUUCUUUCCCUCUUCUUCUCCUUUUCUCCUGCUCCUUUUUUUCCUUCUACUUUUCCUCUUUGUCCUUCUCUUCUUCCUCGUUCCCCUUCUCUUCUUCUACUUCUCUUCCUCCUUCUCUUCUUCCUCCUUCUUUUCCUCUUCUUCUCUUCUUCUUCCAUUUCUCCUCUUCUUCUCCUUUUUCUUUUCUUCCUCCUUCUUUUUCUCAUUCUCCUCCUCUCCUUCUCUUCCUCCAUCUCAUCUUCCUCCUCCUUCUUUCCCUCUACCUCUUCUUCUUCCUUCUCCUCUUCUCCUCUUCUUCCUCCUCCUUCUCCUUUUUUCCUUCUCCUUUUCCUCUUCUUCUUCCUCUUCUUCUCUUCCUCCUUCUCUUCUUCUUCCUCCUUUUCCUCUUUCUCUUCCUCCUUCCUUAUUUUCCUCUUCUUCCUUCACCUCUUCCUCCUCCUUCUUUUCCUUUUCUUCCUGCUCCUCUUAUUCCUCCUUUUCCUCCUCUUCUACCUCCUUCUCUUCCUUCCUCCCCUUCUCCUUUCUUCUUCUCAUCCUUCUUAUAUGCUGCUUUUUCCUUCUGAACAAGACUCAAAGCAGCUUUUUUCCAGCUGGAAGCUGUGAAAAUAAAGCCUCUCUCCAAAAAGAAGGCCCAUGGGGAGGCAACAAAAGUGAAGGCCAUUUGAACAGCAUUGAAUGGAUUGUCUCAAGGGAGACAAAAUGAGGUCUGGAAGAAGGAGGAGAAGGAGAAGAAGAAGAGCAUUUUAUUUUAAAAUAUUUCAAUGAUUGUUCUCAAUUAUCAUUAUUACUCAUCUCUCCUUGCAGAUAUCAGGCCUCCUGCUAUUUCCUUCCAUUUAGAGCCCAGAGCAGCUCCAAUGUCAUGGUCUAAAUUGCCUCCCCAUUUCUCCCAGUCUCCACCAAGAAGGGACAGCAGCAGUGGUCACUUCUUGGGCUUGAUACUUGCUGGACAUUGGGACGUUUUGGACAGAGUGCAAGGCAAGAGAAUGGCCCUUUAUGCCACUGAGAAAUGUGAUUUAUGUGGGCACAAACUCCUUUUAUAUGCCAGUAAAGAUAGAUGCCCACAUUUGGGAAACCUCAGCAGAAAGUGAUUUAUCUCGGUUAUCCUUUUUAGUAUAUUGGCUCGUUUUGGGGGGUUUGUUCUGUAGUCCUCCAAAGGAGAGGAUAACUAUCAUUUUAUUUUGACUCUGUUAAUUUGGAAAGUUUGCUCCAAUUAACCAUCCAAUUCCAGCCUGCAUUCUCUCAUUUUUGGAUUUCUCUCUUUGAACCCAAAUAUAAGCUUGGCCUCCUUCUGAAGGGCCGUUUGUGCUAUUUCAUUCUGUGCUUGGCUUGUUUAGAAAAACCUGAAAAAAUAUAUUUAUACCUUUCCUGUAUAUGUACAGAUUAUAGUAUUACUAUUUGUAUUGCACCUUUUGAAUUCUUGCAAUAAAGUUUGGGUUCGCAAAGCAGACAAAUGCA